CGAGGUGCCAAUCGCCUUUCAAAGAACCCGUAUGAUUAAUCGCGAGGCAUUAUUGAUAAUCAUAACGGGACACACGCGCGGUGGAUGGGCUCGCGCGCCGUGAUUUCGGGACAUUUCUCGGCGACUUUUUUUCUCUCCCCCCCGUCGCUCUCUCGUGGCUGAGGCGCGAGGCCAGCAUGUCGCGGAGGAAGCAGGCGAAGCCGCAGCAUUUCCAGUCCGAGCCGCAGCUGCCCGGAGCCGAGCACAAUGGGGACACAGAGCCUGGCUUGGAUGACCCCCCUUGCAAGGACUCGGGUGCCCAUGUCUGUGGCAGAUGCUGUGCUGAGUUCUUUGAACUGUCGGAUCUUGAACAACACCAGAAGAAUUGCACUAAGAAUCAAUUAGUUCUGAUUGUGAAUGAGAAUCCUGCAUCUCCUUCCGGAACUUUCUCUCCAAGCUCCUCUCCCCAUAAUCCUGAUGAGCAGGUGAAUGACACGACUAAUAACGCAGAUCAAGUCGAGUGUGCUGACCUUUUAUACCAUAACUCACUGGAUAAAGAGGAAGCCAUGGAUAUGGAUGUGUCAGCAAUCUCUGCCACCCAUGACGGUGGAAAUGGACACAUGGAGGGAAGCAGCCCCAUCAGUGGCAGUGGUGAAGGUGGCCAUGGCGAUAGGGGCAGUACUGGACCCAAUCUGGGCAGCUCUGCUAUCUCAGCCUCACUACCUCAGCUUGGCAAUCUUACAGAGCUGGGAAACUUCUCUGUGAUGAACAGCAAUGUUAUCAUUGAAAAUCUCCAGAGCACCAAAGUGGCAGUGGCCCAGUUCUCUCAGGAGACAAGAUCAUCAGGAGGCCAGAGAGUUGCAGUGCCUGCCCUUAUGGAGCAACUUCUAGCCCUGCAACAGCAGCAGAUUCAUCAAUUGCAGUUAAUAGAGCAGAUUCGUCACCAGAUUCUUUUGCUAGCAUCCCAGUCUCCUGAGCUACAGGUGCCACCCACUUCCUCCCCUGGGAAUCUGGCUUCAUCCACCACCCCACUAACCACACUCAGCUCCCACUUGUCCCAGCAGUUAGCAGCUGCAGCGGGGCUUGCACAGAGCUUGGCUAGCCAGUCUGCUAGCAUUAGUAGCCUAAAGCAGAUGGCUAGUACGGCGCAGCUACCUCAAAGCAACUCCAGCGUGGGAGAGUCAUCUCAAAGUCUGGGAGCACUGGGGACAGCUGUGGUCAAUAGCCAAGCAUCAGACAAGAGAGCUGGAUAUGCUGGAGGUCUGCAUCCCCCACUAGGCAACCCAUCACUAGCAAAGUCAUCUACACCAGCCUUUGGGAUUGGAAGCCUGUUGAAUCCUGUGGCAAACUCACUUCUACCUCAGCCUCCCCCAGGAAAUCCAAUGUUCUCUAGUGCUCUUCCUAGUGUUGGAACCACAGUCGAGGAUCUCAACUCCCUAGCAGCAUUAGCCCAACAAAGAAAAGGCAAGCCACCCAAUGUGUCUUCUUUUGAGCCCAAGAGCAGCUCAGAGGAGGCAUUCUUCAAACAUAAGUGCAGGUUUUGUGCCAAGGUGUUUGGAAGCGACAGUGCCUUGCAGAUCCACUUGCGUUCACACACAGGAGAGAGGCCGUACAAAUGUAACAUCUGUGGCAACCGAUUUUCAACUCGUGGCAACUUGAAAGUACAUUUCCAGCGUCAUAAAGAGAAGUAUCCUCACAUCCAGAUGAACCCAUACCCAGUCCCAGAGCAUUUGGACAAUAUUCCAACCAGUACUGGUAUUCCCUAUGGCAUGUCAAUAGCACCAGAGAAGCCAGUGACCAGCUGGUUGGACAGCAAACCUGUCUUAUCCACUCUGAGCUCAUCAGUUGGCAUGUUGCUCCCACCAACUAUGCCAAGCCUGCCACCAUUUAUCAAGAAGGAAGAAAAUCAUUCUGUGGCUGUAACAAGCCCUUCCCACUCUGCUAAGAGUGACUCAGGUCCAGUCGACCCAUCCACAAAAAGCAGUGAUAUUGUUUCAGAAGAAGGCGAUGGUGCAACCUUGCCUACCUCAAAUGGGAAAACUGAAGAAAGCAGUCAGUCCUCAAGCUUCACAAUAAACACAAGCUUAGUGGGUGAGAGCAAGACAGAGUACACCACUUCCAACAGUCCUCCCAUGGCCACCAAUCCUCUGAUGCCCCUGAUGUCAGAGCAGUUUAAGGCCAAAUUCCCAUUUGGGGGCCUUCUAGAUCCUUUGCAAGGCUCAGAAACUUCCAAAUUACAGCAACUGGUGGAGAACAUAGAUAGAAAGGUGACAGACCCCAAUGAGUGUGUCAUCUGCCAUCGUGUUCUGAGCUGCCAGAGUGCGUUGAAAAUGCACUAUCGCACCCACACUGGGGAACGGCCCUUCAAGUGCAAAAUUUGUGGCCGUGCCUUUACCACUAAGGGCAACUUGAAGACCCACUACAGUGUCCAUCGUGCCAUGCCACCUCUAAGGGUGCAGCACUCUUGCCCUAUCUGCCAGAAGAAGUUCACCAAUGCUGUGGUGCUGCAGCAGCACAUUCGUAUGCACAUGGGUGGCCAGAUCCCCAACACCCCUCUUCCUGAAAGCUACCCAGAGUCCAUGGGCUCUGAUGCUGGCUCAUUUGAGGAGAGAAACUUUGAUGAUCUGGACAACUUCUCAGAUGACAACAUGGAAGGAAUGGAAGAUGGUCCAGAUAGCAGUGUUCCAGACACACCCAAAUCUGCUGAUGCAUCCCAGGACAGCUUUUGUUCUUCACCUAUGCCACAGGAGCAGUUAGGUGUUGACCAUCAGGAUAAGAAUGCACCUCAGGGGCUGGUAGAGGAUUCACAGUCAAAUAGAGCUAAAGCAACAGAAAAUGGCUCAAUGGAAGGGGACCACUUCACUAAUGAUUCCUCCUCUCUAGGAGGUGAUAUUGAGAGCCAAAGUGCAGGGAGUCCAGCUGUCUCUGAAUCUACCUCCUCCAUGCAAGCUCCAUCACCCUCUAGCUGUGUUCCCCAGCAACGUAAAUCCCCCAGUCUGGAGGAGCGUCAGAGGGCAUCAUCACUGGAGCACAUAAGUGCAGGCAUCAUGCAGACCCAUUCCUCAAGUCUAGGGGCUCUUGACUUAACCUCCAUGAAUCCCUCUAAAGACCCUCUGGGCAUGCUUUUCCCCUUUCGCGAGAGAGGCACUUCCAAGAACACAUCAUGUGACAUCUGUGGCAAGACAUUUGCCUGUCAGAGUGCCUUGGACAUCCACUAUCGAAGCCAUACCAAAGAAAGACCAUUCAUUUGCACAGCUUGCAACCGGGGCUUCUCCACCAAGGGCAAUCUCAAGCAACACAUGCUGACCCAUCAGAUGAGAGAUCUGCCCUCCCAGCUCUUUGAGCCGAAUACCAGCUUGGCAUCCAGCCCUACACCUUCCCUUCUCUCUGUUGGAUCAUUAUCCUCCAUGAACAAGUCUGAGAUCAAUGGCUUCCUUCAUGCUCCACCACAUGAUGGAAAAGAUCUUCCCUCAAGCCUGGUGACCUCAUCUGCUUCCACAUCUCCAGUGCUAUCUGCUGCUGCUCCUCCAAGACGGACGCCCAAGCAGCACUACUGCAACACUUGUGGAAAGAUGUUCUCCUCUGCCAGUGCUCUGCAGAUCCAUGAGAGGACGCACACUGGGGAGAAGCCCUUUGCUUGCACCAUCUGUGGACGUGCAUUCACCACCAAAGGAAAUCUUAAGGUUCACAUGGGUACUCACAUGUGGAACAGUGCCCCAGCUCGACGAGGACGCAGACUCUCUGUAGACGGCCCCAUGGCCUUCUUGGGCACAAACCCAGUCAAGUUCCCUGAGCUCUUUCAAAAGGACUUGCCUGGAAGGGCGGGGAAUGGAGACCCAGCUAGCUUCUGGAACCAGUACGCCGCUGCCUUCUCCAAUGGCCUGGCCAUGAAGACCAAUGAGAUAUCUGUGAUCCAGAAUGGGGGCUUGCCUCCCUCGCUCUCUGGGAGCGUGGGGAAUGGAGGCAGUUCUCCCAUCAGUGGCCUGACGGGCAGCAUCGACAAGCUGCACAGUUCCGAGCCCAACGCAGCACUUGCUGGCCUGGAGAAGAUGGCCAACACAGACAAUGGAACUCACUUCCGCUUCACUCGUUUCAUGGAGGACAACAAGGAGAUUGUCACUAACUAGGAGAUGAGCGGCGCUAAUGUGGUACAUGCUGAUACUCUCACAAACACUUGCAGACAUGUACUCACACAUGCACAAAAGAGAGAGAACAAGUGCAGGAAAAAGAAAUCGGCUCUGGCUUGCCAUUGAGACUUUAGUUUGAAGAGGACUUGCUUUUUUUGUACAAUGUACAACACGUUAAAGUUUUACGGAGCUUAUUUAUUAGUGAUUAUAACCUUGCUCAAAAAGUGGAAACAUUAACAGUUACUUAGUUUUCAUUUUAUUUUCUGUUUUACCGCCAGAAUGGAGCUGUGUGAUUGUGUAAAAGUGUGCUUUUGGAACUUUUAGCAUUUCUGGCUAGAUGACUUUGACCUUGGUAUUAAAUUAUUUCUAUCUGUAGUAUGUAUAACAAAACUGUUGAUGUUUGUGAUGCAUUAGAGCUUGAAUAAGCAAAAACAAAAGGCUGUAAAUAAUGUACACUGAUCCGUGCUAGAUGGUUUACCAGCUGUGUAUUAACCCCCCCUCCCCCAAUCCCCUACUUUUCAUCAAAAACACCAGAUUUUCUUCAGGCAGAGGGCAUACAGGAUAGUCCUUUUAUCGACUUUUAUUUAAGUAAAAAGAGGCAGGCAUAACUACAUCUCAGCUGUUACCUUUAGAAAUUAAUCUUUGUUUCUGGAUGUUUAUUGUAUUGUGGUUUUUCACUUUCUUUCUUCCUUUCUUUCCUUUUAAGUUUUGUUUCUUGAUUUCUUGUUGCUGUAGACUACAAAGCUCCAACUAGCAUCAUUGUUAUGUACAAGUACCGAGAAAGGUCCACGUCCUGGUUUAGGCCUGUAAAUGAGAGGCGAAUUCAAAUUUUAAACUACUUCAGGAAGUAAAAAAAAAAAAAAAAGUAAAAAAAAAAGAAGAUGAACUGGGUUUCCACAUUGCUGCUACGUUCUAGCAUCUUCAUUUGACAUCGAAUGCAAAAGGCGUGUACAUACUCUCGAAUGUGGAACAUCUACUUCCAUCCCAACAAAUGUACAUAAAUGUUGCUCAAAAGACAAGGUCCAUCUCGGCCAGGGGACAAACAAUAGUGUUUUUAUAAAUAGAAAUAUAUAUUAGGUUUGAAAACCGUUGGACUGUUACAUGCACUUUCUUGGAAAGUUGGAAAAUCUUUAAGGGUCCAGUUUCUCUACAGUUUAAUACCUACUAACAACUACAAUACUGUAAUUCUUUAUUCUAAUAAUCAAAUACAUCUGUUUUUCCAAAAGAAA